AUGGUGGCUGCAGCUGCAGCGCUUCUUGCGCUUACCUUCCUGUGCGCGGAGGCUGGCCACAGCAACCAUAAACAGAACGUGUCUUUGUUGGACAACUUCCGUGCCCCGCAGCCUGUUGGGGCCUUUCGACGUGUGUAUCGUUCAGCGAACGCCUCCCAACAGUGCCUUCCGGACUUGGAUUGUCCCAAAGAUGCCACGUCCAACGCGUGCUUCAAGCAAGCUCCGCCGACGAAGACCAAGCGAUCGUGGGGGAUGUCCACACACCUCCACUGGUCCUACUAUGACCAGGACGGCUGGACGGACUUCAUUCCUCAGACAGGUUGGCCCAACGAGUGCGGGCACGCCGCAACAGGGCCAAGCCACCCAGGUCAAAGCCCCAUCGACAUCCAAGCCGCGGACUCGGUGCUGGCACCCGACGUGCGCAUCUCACUGGGCCCUGGGUUCCAGCAGCCUCUGGAGAAGCUGCAGGUCUCGAACAACGGCCACUCGAUGACCGUCAUCGUGUGCGGUCGCAGCGGCACAUCCUGUGAGGCCUCCGCGACCUUUGGCACGUGGCCCAAGGCCGUGCGCGGUCUCAACUCUUCCAAGCCAGACAGGUACUUCCUGGAGCAGUUCCACAUGCACUGGGGCUCCGACGAUAGCAAGGGCUCCGAGCACUUGGUCUGCGGCCAGCGCCGGGCCGCAGAGUUGCACAUGGUCUUCGUCAACGAGCGGGUCGUUCCGGAGGAUCGCAGUGACCCGGACAGCGGCACCCUCCUGACCGUGCUUGGCACCAUGGUCGAGGGGGGAGCUGAAGAGGACAACCUUGCCUUUGAGCCGAUCCUCGCGCAUCUCUCGUCCAAAGUCAAGCACCAGAACCAGGUCGGCAUCUUGGAGCAGCCUAUUGUGCUGGAGAAGCUCCUACCCAAAGACGCGGCCACCAAGUUCUACACGUAUCCCGGGAGCUUAACCACGCCCCCGUGUUCUCAGCGGGUCACGUGGUUCGUGUUUGAGAACUUUGUCCGGGUGUCGGACCGGCAGUUGCAAGAGCUGCGGCGCCUGAACAUGGAGACCGCAGUGCGUGGCGAAGGUGGGCCUGCGUUCGCCAUCCUCUUUGUGAUCCUGGUCAUUGCCAUGGCAGCCAUGACCCAUCAGGUUCUGGCCUUCCACAUUCCUUGGCUGCCCCACAGCGCGGUGCUUUUUAUCGAGGGCAUGCUGCUCAGCGCUUAUCUUCAUUCGAAGUUGCAUGUGCACCAGGGGAUGUUCGCUUCUUUGCACUCCUCCGCGGACAUCUUCAUGCAAAUUGAUGGCCAUGCUCUCCUCUUCAUCUUCGUCCCGGUGCUGCUCUUCACCGAAUCGCUGUCCGUCGACGUCCACCUCUUCCGCAGGACCUUCUGGCAGAGCUUUCUGCUUGCAUGCCCCGGUGUCGCCGCUGGUGCGGCUUUGAGUGGCAUCGUGACUUACUACGUGCUUCCCUACUCAUGGAACUGGUAUCUGGCAAUGGCCUUCGGCUCCAUUGCUGCUGUGACAGACUCGGCGGGAGUUGUUCAGGUACUGAAGUCCUUCGGUGCCAGGGAAGCAUUGACGGUGCUCAUCACCAGCGAGAGCGCCUUGAGUCAGGGCAUCGCGAUGAUCUUCUUCACGCUUUUCUUCAUGCUUUUCAUGGACUGGAUGGAUGUGCAGGCAGGUGCCUUGCUGAUCUUCUUCCUCCAGGUCGUGGUCCUUGCUCCCAUCUUGGGCAUGCUCGUGGGAUGGUUCGGCUAUGCUUGGAUGUGGUGCGCCUCGGACAGCCACAGCUCCGUCCACCUGGUGGUGCAAACUUGUGUGACCAUGUUCGUGGCCUUUUUUUCCUUCUACAUCUCUGAGAUGGAGUAUGGAAGCAACGGCAUCCGCACCACCAGCGUCGCCGCGCUGGCUCUUACCAGGUACAUCGGGCCCCUGCUUUGCUCUGCCGAAGUCUUGAAGAACUUCUGGAGGGUGCUCGAGUUCGUCACCAGCGCGCUGAUCUUCACGAUCGCCGGGAUGAUCACGCACCGGGCCACCCUUUCUGCAAGCGUGACUCUUGUGGACUGUGGUUACUGUGUGGCGCUCUUCUUGUUGAUGCUGCUGAUCCGCGCUGUGGUGGUCCUUGCAUCCUACCCACUUCUCAGCAGCAUCGGGGUCGGGCUCAAGUCUCGAGAAUACGCCUUCGUGAUUUUGGGCGGUGUUCGUGGGGCUGUGAGCCUUGCGUUUGCAAUGUCGGCUCGAUCGGCCCUGAUCGUAGCAGAUGAACAGGCCAUUGGUGACCGGAUGGUCUUCCUCCUGGCAGGGCAGUCGUUCCUCAGCAUGGUGUUGAACACUGCCGCAACAAAGCUGGUUGUCAAGCUUGUGGGUGUCGAGAGCCAGUCCUCCAGCGAAACCAAGCAGCAGUAUCUCGAUCACAUCUCUGCACAUGUCUCGAAGUAUGCCAGGUUGCAGUACAAGGAGAUCUGCUCGAACAUGAGGGUGGACGCGGUGCAAGCCCUUGAUACCCUCCCAGCCCUCCACGACUUGAAGGGCACGGAGGAGGCCCAUCCGUCGGGCCGGGCCCCUGCCAGCCCAAUCCUGUGGUGUCGGAGGGUGUCUCCAGAAGGGCCGGACGAAAGGAUCAGCAGUCUCGCGGCCAAGCUGAGCAGCUACCCCGCAGCCAACCCGCUGAAGAUGAAGAUCCUCCGCGAGACAUUCUUGCGCAUCGUGCGGAAGAAGUACUGGGACCUCAUCGAGUCACGGCACCUGCCCAAGAAGUCGCCUGCGGCGCUGAAGCUCCUGGACUCCCUGGCCGCAGCGCUGAGCGACACGGACAAGGAGUUGCACGACUGGGCCUUGCUGCAGGAGAUGCUCCCCAAAGAGAGCAUUGUUGAGAGGUUACUUGCCCUUGCAGACUCCCUCGCUGCAUGGUGCACUUGGAUCCAUGACCUGCGCCUGGGCUGGAUCGUCCAGCAUGAGCUGGAUUCCUACGUCGCCAUGGUCUCCUUCAUCACCGCGCACCAUCAUGCGCAGCAAGCGGUGCUAGACUUGCUCGGUGAGGAGGCGGACACUGCCGAAGACAUCGCGCUGAUGCUGGAGUCCAGCCGCCAAAUCCGGGAUGCCCAGGCGAGCUUGAACUUGAUUGGUGGAGAGGACAUGAACAUCUUCAAUGGCUCCAUUGUCAGCGACUUGAUCCUGGACAGAGUGGCGGAAUUCAUCCACCAGUUUGUGCAGCAAGGCUUGAUUACGGACCUUGAGUCCAAGAGCAUGCUGCGUCAGAUCAAGGCCGCGGGCAUUGAGUCCCACACCACUGUGAGGAGGCGGCUGAAGACAAGGAAGAGCUUCCGCAAGUCGCCAUCCCAGAGCCCGCAGCGAAGCGACUCCGUGCUGUUGGGCCGCACAGCCGGACCUGAGUCGCAGGAGCAGAAGCCGAGCAAUGAGGGCAACGGCCUCGAGUCCAUCAUUUAG